AUAAUAAAGUAGAUAAUAAAAUAUAUUGUUGAAGUUAAUAUCUUGAAAUGAUGUCCUAAGUCACCACCACGAUAUUUUUUAUUUUAUUUAUAAAACACCUGUGACAUUGUUCGACCGGAUGUGCAGAAGAUAUCUUAUUAUCUGCCUUAUUAUUUCGCAAAUAUAUCUUUUGAUGAUGAGCUUGUUUACCCGUCAAGAGUCCAUCUACAUUUGGGCUUUUACGGCCCGGUUUUUCUCGGCCCGAAUGUGUGUCACACACGCCUUGGACGUCCGAAGAGGACACGUGGAUAGCCGUCCCAUUUUGACCACUUAAAAAAUGAAUAAAACACACGUGUCACAACCUCAGCAUGCAUGGUUACCACAAUGCACCGCACUGCACUUUUUGCUAGCUCAAUAAUAAUAUUCUUCACCGAUCGAUCCAACAACAAAAUCUAUUUUGCAAAGUAAAAACAUACACUAUGGAUAAAAACAGCAGCGACGACGGCGCCACCAGUACUAAUGCCACCACCCCUUUGCUCCGAUCAGUGGUGGUGACAAAUGGAGCAGACAAUAGUAUCCAAGAUGAAGAUGAGGAACGACGUCGUCCCACAAAGCCAUGGCAGGGGGAGUUUGCUAAGAGUAUAAUAUAUGCGGGUCUUGAUGCCAUUGUCACUUCUUUCUCUCUUAUUUCAUCUAUCUCCGCCGGUCGUCUCUCCUCCGUGGAUGUGUUAGUUUUAGGAUUUGCAAAUUUGGUGGCUGAUGGAAUAUCCAUGGGGUUUGGCGAUUUCGUAUCAACCAGCACAGAGAAGGAUGUGGCGGCCAAGGAGAGAUCGGUAAUUGAAUGGGAGGUGACAAAUCAUCGAACGCCACAGAAACAGGAUCUACUCCGCCAGUACCAAGCUCUUGGCAUGGCCGAGGAGGAUGCAACACUGGUAGUGAAUCUUCUGGCAAAGUACAAGAACAUAUUAGUGGAUGAGAAGAUGUCAACAGAAAAAAGAAUUCUACCACCAGACGAAUCCGAGAAGCCCUGGAAGAAUGGUCUAGUCACCUUCGUCGCCUUCCUAGUAUUUGGCAGCGCACCUCUUCUUGGCUUCAUCAUUCUUAUGCCCUUCACAGACAACGAUACACACAAGUUCAUCGGUGCCUGCAUAAUGUCUGCCAUCGCCCUCGUACUUCUAGGCAUCGCCAAGGCUAAGAUUGCGGGUCAGAGUUACUUGCCGUCUGCAAUACUCACACUCCUAAAUGGUGCAAUCGCCGGUGGUGUUGCCUACCUUAUUGGAUGGACACUUAAAAAUGUAGCAGGAUUGGAAGAUUAAGGGUAUCCACUUAUUAUAAUUGCUGCUUUAGAACAUGUUGUACUUUUGUAUGGCCAUGUAAAGAUACAAAAUGCUGGAUGAUAGAGCACUGUCCUAGGCACUUCCCCUUUGAUUAGUAGCUAGCCUUGAUAAACUAUGUAAAGUACUGAGAACAAAGUAAGAAGCCGCCAGAGAUUUUGCUAUCCCAGUAUCCCACCACUUUUUGGACAAGUUUUGUCACUUUAAUUGCUAUGAUUAUAACGAUCCAAAACUUUGCUUGGG